GAGGUGAAAGGUCAUACUGCUAUUUGGCGGCCAUUUCUCUUAAAGGCCUGUGUGGUUACUUCAGUCCCGAGGGUCGCACGAGAGUUGCGUCGGCGGCGAGCAUCGUGCAGCGUUUCCCCACUCCCGCAGCCGUAGUCGCGAUGAGUUUGCCCCUCAACCCCAAGCCUUUCCUCAACGGAUUAACAGGAAAGCCAGUAAUGGUGAAGCUUAAAUGGGGAAUGGAGUACAAAGGCUACCUGGUGUCUGUAGAUGGCUAUAUGAACAUGCAGCUUGCAAACACAGAAGAAUACAUAGAUGGAGCAUUGUCUGGACAUCUGGGUGAAGUUUUAAUAAGGUGUAAUAAUGUGCUUUAUAUCAGGGGUGUUGAAGAAGAAGAAGAAGAUGGGGAAAUGAGAGAAUAGCAUCUUUUGGGGGGAAUUUUUUUAUAUAUAUUUGUAGACAAUAAAAAUCUGUUUGGUUUUCAGUUUGACUGUGAGCGGCUAUUCAUAUUCAGAUACUUACUUGCAUAUUCAGAUGAAACAGUUCAAAGAUUAUUGACAGAACUAAUGCUUUAAAAGCCACCCAACUUUAUUCAAGUUUGUUUUCAUGUAAACCCAAUGCUGUAUUUUUUUCCUGUGAGAGAAAUUUAUUUGUAUGCUUUAUAAAUGUUUGUAAAAGUGAA